AUGAUACACGCGGUGCUGAUCUUCAACACCUCAGGCGUAGCGCGCCUCACCAAGUUCUACUCGCCCCUCCACCGCUCCGUGCAGGCACUGAUCCAGAAGAUAUUCGCCCUGGUCUCCGCGCGGGCGCCGGGAUUGUGCAACUUCCUCGAUGCACCAGAGCUCGAGAGCUUCUUGACGCCGCAGGAUGAGACGGGCGAGAAGCUGCGGGUCGUCUACAGGAACUACGCGACGCUGUAUUUCGUGUUCCUCGUUGACAGUGCGGAGAGUGAGCUGGGUAUCCUUGACUUGAUCCAGGUGUUUGUGGAGUCUUUGGAUCGCUCAUUCGAGAAUGUGUGCGAGUUGGACCUGGUUUUCCACUUCGACGAGGCAAAGGAUCAGGUGCACCAAAUUCUUUCUGAGGUGAUCCAAGGAGGGUUGGUCCUCGAGACGAACGUGGAGGAGAUCGACCGGCGCGUGCAAGAAGCAGCCAAAGCACGCAAGGAUUCAUAUGCUUCUGCCAACCCGCUCUCGCUUGGUGGCGGCGUGGUCGGUUCGAGAAACUCUGCGAUACCGACACUAGGAUGGUUGACGGAGAAGCUCGCCGGCGUCGGCUCUAGAUAA